GGUGCUGGAAAGUCCUUCUUCACUAAUGCUGCUCUGAGGAUAUUAGACAUGGAUCCAAUCUCUUCUACAAAAACCAUCUGGUUAUGGAUGCUUCUAUCAUUCUUAUUCUCAGAUGUGUUCUGUAAUCUAGAAGGAUCUCUGCACAGAGAUCUAAUGGUGGGAUACAACAAGAACAUACGACCUAUGGAGAACCAUGGUGACAUCACUGAUGUGAAGAUCAAGAUGACCCUCACAAACCUCAUUUCUCUGAAGGAGAAAGAAGAGACCCUCACUACUUGCGUUUGGAUUGAGAUGAAAUGGCAUGAUUAUCGACUCCGCUGGGCUAACAGGACAGGGUUUGAGGUCUAUGAGAACAUCACACGCAUGCGUCUUCCCUCUAAAGCUAUCUGGCUGCCUGACAUCGGCCUGGAGAACAAUGUGGAUGGGCAUUUUGAGGUGGCGCUCUACACUAAUGCUCUGAUAGAUCCUGAUGGUAGCGUGGUCUGGUUGCCCCCUGCCAUCUACCAAAGCUCUUGUGCCAUCAAAGUCAACUACUUCCCUUUCGACUGGCAGAACUGCAGCAUGGUGUUCAGGUCGGAGACGUAUAAUGCCAAUGAAAUUAAACUGAUGCUGUCAGACGAAGACAACGUCACCAUGGAGUGGAUUGAGAUUGAUCCAGAAGCUUUUACUGAGAAUGGGGAAUGGGUUAUUAAGCACCGCCCUGCUAAGAAGGUUGUGAACAAGCGAUACAGCCCAGAUGAUUUGGAGUACCAGGAGAUCAUCUUCUUCCUCGUCAUCCAGAGGAAACCGCUGUUCUACGUCAUCAAUAUCAUUGUGCCCUGUGUCCUCUUCUCAUCUCUUGGGCUGCUCGUCUACUUCCUGCCGGCCAAAGCUGGAGGACAGAAAUGUACUAUGACCAUUGCAAUCCUGCUUGGUCAGACUGUCUUCCUGUUCCUUAUUGCCAAGAAAGUGCCAGAAACUUCCCAAGCUGUUCCUCUCAUCGGAAAGUAUCUGAUGUUUGUGAUGUCGGUGACCACAAUAACUGUGAUGAACUGUGUGGUGGUGUUGAACGUUUCUUUGCGGACUCCAAACACACACCCCAUGAGCAACACCAUCAGAAAGGUCUUGUUGAACAUCCUUCCUCGUCUGCUGAGGAUGACGAUGCAGCGCUGGACACCUGAGCAGGAGGAAGGGGAUUUUAAACUGUUUGCCCUGGGCAACGGCACCCCGCUUCGCCGCAGGAGACGAAGCUCUUUGGGAUUAAUAGCAAAGGCUGAUGAAUACAUGUUCAGAACAGCACGCUCAGAGCUGAUGUUCAGUCGGCUGAAGGAGAGAAAGGGGCUGCUGAAGAACACUUUAGAGAAAAUACAAAACAGUCUGGGAGGGAACACGGCACAGGAUCUGGAAUUCAGUUUGGCUUCAGCGUCACCAGAAGUGCAGCAGUGUGUGUCUUCCUGUAAACACAUUGCGGAAAGUGCCAAGCACCAAAAUGACUUUCAAAGUGAAAAUGAAGAAUGGUUUCUGGUUGCCAGGGUGAUUGACAGGAUGUGCUUCAUCGUCAUGGCACUGCUGUUUAUACUGGGCACCAUCGGAAUCUUCCUGAUGGGACAUUUUAACCAGGCACCAUCUCAGCCAUUCCCUGGAGACCCCAAAAAAUACCUGCCUGAAAUCUCACCUGGAGACAUCACAGGCUGAACGCAAGU